AUGGAAAGCACAAGAGUGUUCGUGUCAGGUCUACCACCUACACUCAAUAAUGAUGGUCUUCGAAAGCAUUUUGCCGGCCGCUUCGAAGUCACAGAUGCGCAUAUCAUUCCCAAUCGACGCAUUGGGUUUGUGGGAUUCAAGGACCACAACUCUGCCCAAAAUGCAGUGAACUACUUCAACAAGACAUUUAUCAAAAUGUCGAAGAUUGCAGUAGAAAUGGCUAGACCUGUAGAUGCUGCUCCCGAAGUGAAACUGAAGCAGAAACCUGGGAAAGCUUCUGCGAAUGGUGCUGAUCCCAACCCACAAUCUGAUUCUUUAAAACGGAAACGGGAUACUGGGGAGGAUGACCCAAAGCUUGAAGAGUAUCUCAACGCCAUGCAGGCUUCAAGAAAAUCAAAAACCUGGGCAGACACUGGAACAGACCUAACUAUUGGCCUAGCGGCCCGUAACAAUAAGUCCCAGGACGUUGACAGUUCCAUAAACGUGCCCAACAAAAGGACUAAGGGGCCGUUGGAAGUUGAACUGCCCAAGGAGGCGCCCAGAAAUCUAGUGCCUUCAACUACUGAACCAAACCCUGCAGAACUAAAUCAUAAGGCUCAAGUCGAUGCGGAAGAUGCGGAAGAUGCGGAAGAUUCGGAGGCUGCACCUCAAAGCGAUGCUGACUGGCUUAGGUCGAGAACGAGCCGUUUGUUGGGUCUGCUUGACGAUGAAGAAGAUAUAGAUCACACUAAGGCUCCGGCAGAUUCUCCAACAUCCCCUCCUGCCGACGCUCAACCUGAACCUAUAUCGCGUCAGCCAGAUCCCCCCGUUCAAGCAGAGGACCAAAAUUCACCUAGCGUUCAGGAGGUCGACGAUCCGAAUCUACACUUGAUUCGUGAGACCGGCCGCUUGUUUCUACGCAACUUACCCUACAAUACCACCGAGGAGGAUCUUCGGAGCUUGUUCACUCGCUUUGGGAAAAUAGAAGAGCUACACGUUGCAUUCGACACUCGACAUUCGACAAGCAAAGGAUUUGCGUAUGCACAGUUCGUCGAUCCUGAUUCAGCCAUCGAAGCAUAUAAAGAGCUAGAUGGGAGAGAUUUUCAGGGACGUCUAAUGCAUAUACUUCCUGCCUCUUCGAAAAAGACAUAUAAGAUAAACGAAUACGAGUUGUCGAAGUUACCCUUGAAGAAGCAGCAGCAGAUCAAACGAAAGGCCGAAGCAGCGUCUUCCACAUUCAGUUGGAAUUCCCUUUACAUGAAUGCGGACGCUGUGAUGACGUCUGUGGCAGAGCGGCUAGGCGUACCGAAAUCUGCGAUAUUGGAUCCGACUUCGUCAGAUGCUGCAGUAAAACAGGCUCAUGCCGAAACGCAUGUAAUUCAAGAGACAAAAGCAUAUUUCAGCGCCAAUGGCGUAAAUCUGGAUUCGUUUAAACAACGUGAGCGCGGAAACACAGCGAUUCUCGUGAAAAACUUCUCGUUCGGCGUGAAAGCCGAGGACCUUAAGAAAUUAUUUGAUCCGUAUGGGCAGAUCAUAAGAUUACUUAUGCCACCUACCGGUACCAUUGCUAUCGUUGAGUUUAGCAUGCCGGACGAAUGUCAGAAGGCAUUUAGAGGUCUUGCAUACAGGAAACUGGGAGACUCCAUAUUGUUUUUGGAAAAAGCUCCUAAGGACCUAUUUGAAGGAAAACCCAUGGCUCCAGUCACUGUUCAACCUCAACGAGUUGUAGGCCCCACCUUCUCGACUUCAGAAACGUUCAAGGCUGGUGAACAGGAGGCUGGGGUGGAGAGUUCGACAUUGUAUGUCCGAAAUUUGAAUUUCUCAACAACUACUGUUGGCUUAACAGACCUGUUCAAACCUCUUGAUGGCUUCUUGUCCGCCCAGGUCAAAACCAAACCUGAUCCGAAGAAACCAGGCGAGAGGCUGAGUAUGGGAUUUGGCUUUGUGGAAUUCAAAACCAAAGCCCAAGCUCAAGCUGCUCUUGCCGCAAUGAACGGUUAUAAACUUGACCAGCACGAAUUGGUCAUCAAACCAUCCCAUAAAGGAAUGGAUGCCGCAGAGCAACAAAGACGCGAGGACACGGCGAAGAAAAACGCCGCUCGCAGGACCAAGAUCAUCAUCAAAAACUUGCCUUUCCAAGCCACCAAGAAGGACAUUCAGUCUCUUUUCGGUGCAUACGGCCAACUCCGGUCCCUUCGCGUGCCCAAGAAAUUUGACCGCACUGCCCGUGGCUUCGCGUUCGCCGAUUUCGUCAGUGCUCGCGAGGCGGAAAACGCGAUGGAUGCGCUUCGCAAUACCCACCUUCUGGGGAGAAGGCUGGUGCUGGGAGUUUGCUGCUGA